AUUUGACAUGAUUUACGACUAAAACAGUAGCCGUUUGUUAUAAUUGUCGAUUACCAGCAUUUGGACAGAAUCUUGAGAUGGGACGAUGAUCUUUAUCUAUCAAGCUAGCUUAACUGCUGUAUUCUGAUGUGACUUGUAAUUAGUAUAUUUGUCCUUGAACAUGAAGUUAUUCAUAUAUUAAUGCAUAGUUGUUGAGAGAUGUUCGCUUUCAAUUAGAUUUGAAGCCUUAUUAAGUGCAUUAACAACUCAAAUCUAUCGCUUUUAGUGGAAUGUGUCAUUUUUCUUUUUGUCUAACAGGUGAGCGUUGCGUUUACUGAAUAUAAAAUCAGAAAUCAUGUCCUUUAGAGAUCUGAGAAAUUUUACAGAGAUGAUGCGAGCGCUCGGCUACCCUCGUCUCAUCUCCAUGGAGAACUUCAGAUCUCCUAACUUCCCUUUAGUAGCUGAAAUCCUCAUCUGGCUUGUUAAGAGAUAUGAACCUCAGAUGGAAAUCCCCAGUGAUGUUGACACAGAGUCCGACAGAGUGUUUUUCAUCAAAGCUGUGGCUCAAUUCAUGGCGACUAAAGCUCAUGUGAAGCUGAAUCUCAAGCGUCUGUAUCAGGCAGAUGGUUACGCUGUGAAAGAGAUGCUGAAAAUCACCAGCAUCCUCUAUAAUGCCAUGAAAACCAAAGAGAACACCGAUGGGGAGCAGAACACUGAUGAAAACAGCAAGUUCAAGUUUGAUCUGGGCUCAAAGAUAGCCGAUUUAAAGGUGGCACGUCAGCUGGGAUCUGAAAUUACAGCAAAGGGAGCAGCUCUGUUUGACCUGCUGGGGCACGAAGAGGACCUAAGGGAGAGCAGGACGGCUGCGAUAGCCCGACCGCUGGAGAUCACCGAGACAGAGAGAGCUCUGAGAGCGGCUGUCAAAGAUGUCAUGGAGGGCAUCCAAAUGACAAAGGAUCUGCUCAGUAACGUAUCGUCAGAUGAGGCUAGCCUGGAGGCCAAAAUCGAGAAGAAGAAACAGGACCUGGAGAGAAACCAGAAACGCUUACAAACUCUACAGAGCGUGCGUCCAGCGUUUAUGGAUGAAUACGAGAAGAUCGAGGAGGACUUGCAGAAGCAGUACCAGACGUACGUGGAGAAAUUCCGUAACGUGAGCUUCCUGGAGCAGCAGCUAGAUGACUAUCACAGAGCCGAGCAGGAACGCUUCGAGGAAGCAGAGAUGGCAAUGAAAAUGAGACAAAACAAAUUAAAAGAGGAGGAGAAGAGGCUCAUGAGGAGUGGAGCAAGAGAUGAAGACUCAGAUGUGGACAUACCAGAGGAUGAAGGAUCUGACAGCGACAUCGAUGAGGGACAGCAACCCAGACCACGACACGCACAGAUAUCAGGUCGAGGUGGCGCUCGAUUCAUUGGCAGUAUGAGGGCUGGAGACGGUGAUGAGCCCAGAGUAAAGGAACGAGUCCAUCUAUCCGGCAGCGGCCGGAAGAAAAAGAGAAGAAAGUCAGAGGAUAGUGAGAUCGACGUAGACGAUGAUGAUGAAGAUGGUGAGGAAGAUGAGGAGGAAGAGGAAAACGAGGAUCUGAAUGAAGACAAUGACAGUCUGGAGGGCUCCUCUGCCAAACCCGGACACUCAACCCGAUCGCUGCACCCACAAAUCCUUGAGGAGAGUGAUAAUGAUUUUUAACAUGCAACCAGCAUUCAUUAAAGGAAUAGUUCAAUUUAAAUAUUCGGAACAUUUCUGAACCUCAGGCCGUCCAAGAUGUAGAUGAGUUUGUUUCUUCAUUUGGAGAAAUGUAGCA